AUUCGGAGUAUAUACCAUCUAAAAUGUUUUUUUUAGUUCACCGGUUUCCUGCUUCUUGUUUGUGGCCGCUUUGCCGGUACGCCAAAGCCAAGCCAAUCAUGCUCUUAAAAAAAAAAAACAGGUCACGCAAGCUCCCAUUUUGCCCUUUUCUUCUUCCUGAUUCCAUUCUUUUCGGAAAUCGAAAAGUUAUCUGGAGUUUGGAGUCCAGCCCUGAUUUAGUGAAUUAAAGACCCCAUAUAUCUCUAAGAGGGAAAAGAAAAGACAGCAAAACGAAAUCUUUUUUCUAUCAUUAAACCUGGGAGAAGAGGGAGCAUUCUUCAUUUGUUGUUUAUUACUUGUUGAAGCGGUAACCAAAUGGGCGAGGAGAACACCUCCAAUUCUUCUUUACAUGAUUCACCCAAUAAUAGCAGCUGUGAGACACAAGUCAUAUUGAACGUGUAUGAUCUCACCCCUAUAAACCACUACACCGUUUGGUUUGGAAUUGGCAUCUUUCAUUCUGGCAUUGAAGUUCAUGGAAAGGAAUAUGGUUUUGGAGCACAUGACUUCCCAUUCAGCGGAGUGUUUGAAGUAGAGCCUAAGAGGUGUCCUGGUUUUAUGUACAGAUGUUCCAUCCCACUUGGCUCUGUUAAUAAUUUGCCUCUCUCUCAAUUCCGAACUUUCAUAGAAAGUGUGGCUUCUGAGUAUCAUGGGGAUACUUACCAUCUCAUCUACAAGAACUGCAACCAUUUCACUGAUGAUAUAGCUAACAGACUCUUAGGGAAAGGGAUUCCUGGAUGGGUCAAUCGGCUCGCAAGCCUUGGUUCUUUUUGCAAUUGUCUUCUUCCUGAAAGCUAUCAAGUAACAACAGUUAAACAGCUCCCAGAGUACCAUAUAUAUACAGAUGAAGAAGGAAGUGGCUCUCAAUCUACUCUUACGCCCCAUGAGCGAGCAGAUUGUGAUGACAGAGAUCAAGAUAAGCACUUGUUGUCACCAUCGGGCGGUGGUUGUGGGGUGGCUUUCGUGAAGGAGGUUCCAAGGUAACACAUUUGGGCAAAAUCAGAAUUUGUUGAGAGAAUCAAUACUUUCUACAGUUUGUGUACUGGCCAAAGGUGUAUUGAGCAAGUCAUUGGUAGCAGAGUUGUCAAUCCUUUUCUUGGGGGUGGGGGUUGUGUGUGUACCGUUAUUAUUAUUUGUUGAAUAUGCUCACUUUCUGUAAGGAAAGGUGAAAUUGAGUUCAGCAAAAUCAAAAGUUGCUUAUUCUGUUGAUAAGCAGAAAGACUUGUUUGGGAUUCGCUGUUGCUGUUGGGGAAAAAGAAAACCUCAUUGUAAAAGCAUUAAUGAAAAGUACUGUAAAGAAUUGGGGUUAGAGAAUGAUUUUGAGGAUUGUAAAUUAGAGGUUGAGAAGUCCCUAGUACAAUAAAAUAUUUCUAAAAAGGAAAGUUGACGUCUCCGACUUAAUCACGAGGUCAAUACAAGGUGUUUGUAUGUGUUUUGCCU